UGUUGUAGAAUUGUGGAGCUGCUCCUUAAGUCUGAUUCAGAGGAACAGAAUAACCAGGAAAAUAAAAAUGGCAUACCUGCUUAUGUUUGUGACCUUGCUGCAUCUCAUCACACUGGCCAUGCUGUUCAUUGCAACCAUGGAGAAGUCCUGGUGGGUGUGGGAUGGCCUGGAGAACUCAGACCUAUGGUACAACUGUAGGUUUGACAAUGUCACAGGAACCUGGCUUUGUGCAUCCUCCAAAGAAACUGAGUGGCUUCAGGCAGUGCAGGUCCUGAUGGUUCUCUCAGUGGUCUUCUCUUCAGUCUCAUUCUUGGUGUUCCUGGGUCAGCUGUUCACCAUGUCUAAGGGUGGACUCUUCUAUUUCACUGGGCUGUGUCAAGUCUUCGCAGGCCUGACAGCAUUUUCUGCAGCUCUUAUCUACACAUUACACAAUAAGGAAAUCCUUCCCAACUCCAAAGAACUGACUUCAGGACACUUUGGCUACUGCUUCAUCCUGGCCUGGGUGUGUGUCCCUAUGUUGCUUUGUAGCGGUGUCAUAUACAUUCACCUGCGUAAGAAAGAGUGACCAGAAAAAGGAAAACAAUGUCAACAGCAGUACUGGAAAACAAAGUAUUGAACUGACUUAGAAAUAUAAAAUUUACAGGGGUCACAAAGUCACAAAUGCCUAUGUUAUGAUUUUUGUGCAGGCUUUGGUUAAUGUAAUUAUAUUUUUGAAUUGUAGAUACAUGUAUAUUUGAAAAUUAUCAGGAAAUAAUGGACUAUCUCCUGGGCAAAUAUUGAUAUCAAUCCAGUAUAUAAUGCUCACCUUCAGUUUUAAGACAUUUUUGUAAUAAGAGGGGUUAUUUUGUCCACUGUUGUCAUAUGCUGACCAGAAGACUAAAUACAAAAGCAGAGUUAUGUAUUUUUUUUAUUUAGUCUUGUAGGCCUUAUAAGGUGUUUGAAUUGCUUUUAAUUUUCCCUUGAGCAAAUUGAAAAUAUAUAUUUAUAUAUUUUUGUACCUAAAGCUGAUAAUGUAGACUACACUUAG